AUGGGCAACGAAAAUUUGAAAGAGGUUGAUGAUGUCAUUCUAUUAGAAGAAGAAAAUGACAACAAUUUGGAUAGUGCAAACUUCAUGGAUAAUGAAAUUGUAGGAGUAGGCAAUGUGAUUGUGCCCGAGGUGGGUAUAAAGUUCAGUGAUGAAACGAAAAUGUUUAAUUUCUACAAGAAAUAUGCGUACGACGUAAGAUUUCCAGUUAGGAAAAGAAAUUCACAAAGGGAUGAUAAAGGAAAUAUCAAAUAUGUGAUAUUUACAUGCAGUCGUGAAGGUCGAAGAAGUAGUACUACAAGUGGUCGAAGAAGUAGUACUACAAGUGGUUCUUUAAAGCUGCAAGCUACCAUUCAGAUAGGCUACAAAGCUAGGAUGACUGCGUCUAUAGAUGCAUGUGGAGUAUGGAGGAUUAACACAGUCAAUCUCGUUUACAACCAUAAAACAAGUCUUUCAAAAUCCAGGGAUUCUGUUGCCCAAAAGUUACAACUCCGAGGUCGUAGAAGUAGGGGGUAUGAGAAUAUGACUUGCAUAGAAAAAGAUUGUCGAAGCUAUGUUGAACAAGUGAGGCGGUUAGGACUUGGAGCAGGAGACGUCGCAGCAAUACAAUUGAAGAAUAUUUUCUGGGCAGAUAAUAGGAGUAGGCAAGCAUAUAAGGAGUUCGGUGAUAUGGUCACAUUUGACCCCACGUACCUAACUAAUAAGUACAGUAUGCCGUUUGCUCUUUUUGUUGGAGUUAAUCAUCAUGGACAAUCAACACUCCUUGGUCGUGGACAGAGCCAUGCAGAAUGCAAUUCAGAUUGUGUUCCAAACACGAAACACAGGUGGUGUUUAUGGCACAUAUUGAAGAAGUUGCCUAAGAAAUUUGGUUACCAUGUCGAUGGGGAUGAGAUCUUUUCUACUAUACACGUAUUGGUAUAUGAUUCUCAAACUGUAGACGCAUUUGAAGAAGGUUGGAGAGCUAUGUUAGACAGAUAUUCUUUGCAUGAUAAUGAGUGGUUGUCAGGAAUGUGCAAGAAUAGAGGCCGUUGGGUACCUUGCUUUUUAAAAAGUAGCUUUUGGACAGGAAUGUCAACUAUACAGUGCAGCGAAAACAUGAAUGCAUUCUUUGAUGGUUAUGUGCACUCGAAGACAUCGCUGAAACAAUUUUUAGAACAAUAUGAGAGAGCAUUGAGGAGUAAGGUAGAGAAGGAGUUUCAAGCAUAA